GUGCUGACUGACUGCCCACUGCCCGCCGCGACGCAUCCGACACGACUAGACCAUGCCCAGGCUCCCAGCAGUCCCCAGGCCCACCAGCUCCCGGCGGCCCUGUCCUUGGGUCGCUCGAAGCAGCCUAGUCGCUUGCCUGCGCCUCCACCUCUCAUCUGCUGCUGUGCUGCUGCUGCUCUGCUCAGUCUGCUGCCGCUGCCCUGGCCAUGCGGUGGCCCAUUCCGUCGCCUGCAAGUGCAGCCGGCUGCCAGUCACACUGCCCUGCCCCCCCUCGCGAUCGUGACUGACCCCAACCACAACCCCUCGCUAGCGGCCAAACUACGCCUACUCCCCGUACUAUGUCUUCGCAAUCUCUCCAGCCCGGUCCGAUGCCCGCUCCAUCGCUGUCUUGCGUCAUGA